AUGUCGGGGCACGGCGACUUGCAAGAGCUGCUGCGCAUGUUCACCUCGCGCAAGGUCCCCAUGAUGGCGGCCAUGGGUCACAUCAAGGCGCUUCAGUCCAAGAAUCUGAGAAGCAUUGAGAAAAUUGCAGAAGCGCCCCUCUCCGCAGUAGAAGCCGCCAUCGCAGACGCCAAACUGGCCAAGUCCUUCCACGCUGCGUGCAAAACGCACGGGAAGAGGGCGAUCAAGCAUGCUGCUGAGGAGCCUGCCGCUCCUCCCUCAAAGAGACCUAAGCUGGAGCCUCAUAAACGGGACUUGGACUAUGGUUCGAUGAGUGCAGAAGAGCUGGAAAACUCGCUCAGUCUGCCACUUGUUGAGGAUGAAGAGACAAUUCGAAAGACGACAUUGGUGACAAACAGAGCGCCGCUGGUGCUUGCGUUCGCGGUGGAGUUGCUUCGCUUUACUAUGCCCGAACAGCCUCCGAGCAGCCGGUUGAGCCUGAGCCAGGGGGUCUUGAGUGCGAAUUCCAGAUCCAAGGCGAUUAGCAUCGGCAUUGAGAAGGCGCCGCCUGGAGGUGAGGAGCAAGUUCCCCAGGGACAGCCAAAGGUCAAGGUCCUGGGGCGCGAAAUCCCCGUCUUGAAACGGGGCGGAUAUACAUGGAAAUCGGAUCAACAAGGUGACGCUUCAGGUCCGACAGAGGGGCCUAGCACACAAGAGUGGACUCCUGGCGAGCACAAGACUUGGGUCGUGAGCCAGAAACUGACAUCUCGGGCAUCUACUUUUGUGGCACACGUCGCAAGCUUGUCUUCGCCUUCUCUUCGGGCGGGUUUGAUGAAUGGCCUCAUGAGGGACAAGCCCGAAUUGGAAACAGCCACACACAACGCGUGGGCUUUGCGGUUGAGCUAUGGCAGCUCGCCGCUGGUCCAAGAAGCUUCAUUUGACGACGGGGAGUCUGGCUGUGGGAAGUUCAUGCUACAAAUCAUGCGGGAAGCAGACGUCACCAAUACACUCGUUGUGCUGACAAGGUGGUACGGCGGCAUCAUGUUGGGCCCGGAUAGGUGGCGCCUCAUGAGGCAAUGUAUCACCGACGCGCUGUCUUCUCGCAGGCGAAAGUCUACGCUGGCAGGGGAAGCGCUUUGGGGUCUGGACGCUGAAAACAAGAAGCCGUCUGUUUCGACGGUGGGGAUGCCCAUCCACCGGCCCGAAGGCGCGAGGAACUAUCUCCUGCGGAGCUUUGGGAGUGCCGCGGUUGACGGAGGUGGGAGCGAGACCAAGAAGACGCUGGCGGCGGUGAACGAGGAGAGGCAAGAGAAUUUGGGGAGAUUACUCGGAGCACUGAGACUGCUGUACAGGAGCUGGGCCGGCGUUUUGGGAAAGGACGAGCUCGAUCGGAGAGCGUGGAGUUGGUACCUGUCUGUGCGGCCUGAUGUUGAAGCUGGACCAUCCGGAUGGGGAGCAAAGGGCCAUUUGGAUUUGGGCAAGAUUUUGGAUCUGAGGCGGGCAGAAGAAAGUGCCGGCUAA